CUCACAAGCAUGAAGGUUCUGAUUCUCUUCGCCCUCGGUCUGGUCGCCCUGGCCGCCGCCCGACCCUCCGACAUCAUCGACUUCGAGGAGGACCACAUGGAGCACGAGCAGGAGGGCGUCCCGGGAACGGCCGUGGAGGGCGAGUACUCGUGGGUCGCGCCCGACGGCAACGAGUACCACGUCAAGUACGUCGCCGACCGCUUCGGUUACCGCAUCGUCGACGACAACGUUGUGCCCAGGAUGCGCAGCGACGUGCCGGAAGCCGAAGAGGACGAUGAUUAGAUAUGAAAUGGAAGGAUUCGUCAAUAAAGUCAUGUUUGCCGCAACUUUUCAAAAUCAAGAUUAAAGAAUCUGUCUGAUGUAAUUAAUAAAAAAAAGUAUUUU